UCUGAGUUCCUCAGAGCCAGAGAGGACAGACUCCGGUUGCCAUUGAGGAAUGGUGGAGCGGCUCCAGACUUGAGAACCUCCGGGGGUCUGCGCAGCCCCAGCCGGCCCUUAUUCCUUUGAUGGCGUCCCUCGGGAGCAGCUUGGCUCUCCUCCUCUUGCUGGCUGCUCAUUGUCCCAGUUCCGGGGCCCAACUUUUUAACUGGUGGACCCAGAAGGCAACAGAAGCCCCAGUAGAACCCCUUCUCCGGACCGCAGAGCCUCAGGGCGAGAGUGCCCCCUUUGCAGGACCCGCAGCCCCCAACGCUACUCCGGCAGGUGCCCUUGGACCUGUUCCAGUGGAGCAGACGGAGCUGGACCCUGAGGUCUCAGAGGCAAAUACAAGUGGUGCCACGACCCCUUCUCGGGCAGCCUCCGUGAGGGGAGACCUCAAAGAGGAGAACAUCGCUGGUGUGGGCGCCAAGAUCCUGAACGUCGCCCAGGGGAUCCGCAGUUUAGUUCAGUUUUGGGAUGAGAAAGGCGACGUGGAGAGCUCGGCUGGGACUGAGGCGCCGGCUGCUGACGCCCCCACGACCCUUCCCGCCACCCCCUCUGUGUCUGGACCUGGGACGGAGCCAAGUGCCCCUGGGAGUGUGCGCACGGGCGCCGCCAGGGAGGCUUCGAGCCCGACCGCUGCAGGCUUGCCAGAAGACGCCCUCCACCUGACCGCAGCUCCACCAUCUCCUCUGGGAAAUAGGUCCCGGGAGCUGCCCUUUGGGCAGGCCUCCGCCCCUCCCCCAGAAAACUUGAGCACAGAAGUGAGCCUCCCGCAGCUCAUCGGGCAGCCUCCCCCCAGACACAUCUCCCAGAUCUACGACCCUGACAAUGGGCUCGCCUAUGUCUUUGGGCCCAAUGCCAACAGCGGGCAGGUGGCGCGCUAUCACGUGCCCAACCCCUUCUACCGGGACUUCUCGCUGCUCUUUCACAUCAAGCCCACCAGUGAGCGGGCCGGGGUGCUGCUGGCGCUCACUGACGCGGCCCAGGCCGUCAUCUCCAUGGGCGUGAAGAUCUCAGAGCCCCGCGGCGGCAAACAGGAUGUCCUAUUCUUCUACACGGAGCCGGGCGCAGGGGAGACGCGCACGGCCGCCAGCUUCAGCCUGCCCUCCUUCGUGAACCAAUGGACGCGCUUUGCCCUCAGUGUGGACAGCGACGAGGUGGCCCUCUACGUGAACUGCAAGGAGAUCCAGCGGCUCCCUCUGGAUCGGUCUGCGCAGGAGCUGGAGCUGGAACCCGGUGCCGGCCUCUUCGUGGCCCAGGCGGGAGGAGCCGACCCGGACAAGUUCCAGGGGGUGAUCUCUGAGUUAAAGCUGCGAGGGGACCCCCGGGUGACACUGCUGCAGUGUCUGGGUGAUGAUGAUGACGACAGUGACGGGGCAUCCGGAGACUUUGGAAGUGGAGCCGAUGAGCAGGGGGGGUCCUCGGGGUCAGACAUGGGGCUUCCCUUGUCACCCAGCCUUCCCGUGCCUCCUCCAGUCACAUUGCCACCCCUGGACACAGCCACCAUGAGUUCACAGCCAGGCCUGGGCCAGGCAGAAGGAGCCCUCCUGUCUUCCUCAGGAGUUCAGCUCAGCAGUGGAGAGGAGGGGGCCCAAGGCCCAGAGGAUGUCAUGAGGCCCGGAGGAGCUCAGGACCAGGACAGGAGAAGGACAGAGGAAGGCACCAGAUCUGGGUCUCCAGGCUUAAAGGGACAGAAAGGUGAACCUGGGGCUCAGGGCCCACCCGGACCUGUUGGGCCUCAGGGGCCCGCCGGCCCUGCUAUCCAGAGUCCAGAUGGCUCCACGGUGCACCAGGUCCCUGGGCCACAGGGACCCCCUGGGCCACAAGGACCCCCUGGGAAUAAUGGAGAGCCUGGUGAUCCUGGUGAGGACGGAAAGCCUGGCGAGAUGGGGCCUCAGGGUUUCCCAGGAACUCCGGGAGAUGUGGGGCCUAAGGGUGAGAAGGGAGAUCCUGGCACUGGCCCGAGGGGCCCUCCUGGCCCACCAGGGCCCGCGGGCCCUCCUGGACCUGCUUUCAGACUUGACAAGUUGACCUUUAUUGACAUGGAAGGAUCGGGCUUUGGAGGGGAUCUGGAGAGUCUACGGGGUCCUCGAGGAUUCCCGGGACCCCCAGGACCCCCAGGCGUGCCGGGCUUGCCGGGAGAGCCGGGUCGGUUCGGAAUGAACAGCACCGAUGGCCCGGCCCCCCCAGGUCUUCCUGGGGUACCAGGCAGAGACGGAUCCCCUGGACCCCGAGGCCCCCCAGGCUCUGCGGGCCUCCCGGGAAAGGACGGGCAACAAGGGGAACAAGGGCAGAAAGGAGAUCGGGGCGAUGUGGGCUCCCCAGGACCAAAGGGCAGCAAGGGUGACACUGGCCCAGCGGGCAUUCCAGGGGAAACAGGCUUGGCGGGUCUCCCUGGACCAAUGGGCCCUCAGGGGCUGCCGGGCCCCCCUGGCCCUCCAGGGCCUCCUGGGCCAGGCUGGGCAGCUGGAUUUGAUGACAUGGAAGGCUCUGGGGGGCCGUUCUGGACCACCACCCCCGGCACACGAGGGGCAGAAGGGCCGCAGGGACCACCUGGAUUUCCUGGGCCCAAGGGUGACCGUGGCAUAGUUGGACAACCUGGAGAAAAGGGUGAUCCCGGCUUUCCUGGGCUACCGGGGAGUGAAGGCGUGCCAGGGCCACAGGGACCCAAAGGGGAUUCUGGAAUCCAGGGGCAGAAGGGAGAACCAGGGAAGGAUGGUGUGGGGCAGCCUGGGCCUCCUGGGCCUCCUGGGCCUCCAGGAGAGGUGACCUACAUAUCGGAGGAAGGGAAAACAUUUGCGAGCAUCCUAGGGCAAGAGGGCAGACCCGGCUAUGCUGGAUUCCCAGGCCCAGCUGGACCAAAGGGAGAGAUCGGCGCUGAAGGGCCGCAGGGUUCCCCAGGAGCCAAGGGGGAGAAGGGCGAGCCGGGGAGCGUCCUCACACUUGCUGAAAAAGGAGCCAAGGGGGACCAAGGCUACAGGGGACCCCCGGGCCCGUAUGGACGCCCUGGGCACAAAGGUGAAAUUGGACUUCCUGGAAGACCGGGCCGUCCGGGCAUGAAUGGACUGAAGGGGGAGAAGGGGGAGCCUGCAGAUACCAAGGGAAGUGUCGGACUGAGGGGCCCUCCUGGACUCCCAGGGCCCCCUGGACCCCCCGGACCCCCAGGCCUCCUUGGUACUUCUUUCUAUGACAAUAAUGGAUUCCUCGAGCCUGGCCGCCCUGGGCCCCCAGGAUUGCCAGGUUACCAGGGACCCCCAGGCCCCAAGGGUGAUAAAGGAGAAGCUGGACCUGCCGGGCCACCAGGGAUCCUCCCAUAUGAUUUCAGCACUCUGGUGGAUCACGUGAAGGGGGAAAAGGGAGAAGGAGGCACAAAAGGAGAGAAGGGUGAACCUGGCAGCGGAGGAUUCUUCAGCUCCGGAGCCCCAGGCCUGCCUGGCCCCCCCGGCCCUCCAGGGUACCCUGGUGUUCCGGGUCCCAAGGGAGAGAGCAUCAGGGGUCAGCCUGGCCCCCCAGGACCUCAGGGGCCUCCGGGCAUUGGCUACGAGGGUCGGCAGGGUCCCCCUGGCCCUCCUGGGCCCCCGGGGCCACCGUCAUUUCCAGGACCCCACAGGCAGACUAUCAGCAUUCCUGGCCCCCCUGGCCCCCCAGGUCCCCCCGGCCCCCCAGGAACUUCAGGGACAUCAUCAGGGCAGCUGAGAGUGUGGACCACCUACCAGACCAUGCUCAACAAAGCCCAUGAGGUGCCCGAGGGCUGGCUGGUCUACGUCUCUGAGAAGGAAGAGCUGUAUGUGCGCGUCCGCAAUGGCUUCAAGAAAGUCCUGUUGGAGACCCGGGCUGUGCUCUCUCGAGGGGCGGACAAUGAAGUCGCGGUCCUGCAGCCGCCGGUCAUCGAGUAUUCCCCGGGGAACUCGGCCCCAUCUGGGUCUCAGGUUCACGACGGCAGCCUCCCCUAUGCCCGCCGGGGCUAUCUGCACUCCACCGCCAAGCCUUGGCGAGCCGAUGACAUCCAGGCCAAUCAUCCCCGAUUCCCUGAGCACGCCGGUCACCACCCACCCUAUCACAGUGUCCAGCCUCAUCAUCCGGACCUCAUCCCCAGCUACCACGGCUCCUACACUGACAUCCGGCCUGCCCAGCCCACGGCCCGCCCGGUGCAUACCCACCAUGACUUCCAGCCAGCACUUCAUCUCAUUGCUCUCAAUAGUCCCCAGACCGGCAGCAUGCGUGGCAUCCGGGGGGCUGACUUCCAGUGCUUCCAGCAGGCCCGCGAAGUGGGCUUGAUGGGCACCUUCCGCGCCUUCCUCUCCUCCAGACUCCAGGAUCUCUACAGCAUCGUCCGGAGGGCAGACCGCAGUAACGUGCCCAUCGUCAACCUCCAGGACGAGCUCCUCUUUGACAGCUGGGAGUCCUUGUUCUCCGGCUCUGAAGGCCAGCUCAAGCCCGGCUCUCGCAUCCUCUCUUUUGAUGGGAAGGACGUCCUCCGGCACUCCGCCUGGCCGCAGAAGAGUGUGUGGCAUGGCUCUGAUGCCAAGGGACGCCGACUGACUGAGAGCUACUGUGAGACCUGGCGGACAGACCAAGGGGCGGCCAGCGGCCAGGCAUCCUCCCUAUUCUCGGGCAGACUGCUCGAGCAGAAGGCUGUGAGCUGCCAAAGCGCCUUCAUCGUCCUCUGCAUCGAGAACAGCUUCAUGACCUCCUCCUUCAAGAAGUAGGAGCCUGUCCCCACCCAGUGGGGGUGGCUGGUGGCCACUCGGAGGAAGGGACAGGCUCAGGGAGUGAGCGGGCAGCAGCCCCAGGGCCAGCCCCAGAUGGGCUCUGCUCCUGCCGGCCUGCAUCCUGCACGGCCCUGACUUUCAUGUAAUCACUGAGGAAAUAAAAAGAAGCCAAAGAGUGGAUUUUUUACAAAGUGUGAAACACA